ACACUGCUUGGCAAAGCGCACAUCGGAGUGGUCAAAAACAACGAAGGUGAAAAAUACGAAGAUUUCGGCUGAAGGCUGUGAGGCGUGACAGUCGCAGUGCAAACGACGACAACGACAAAACUCAGUGGCCUUAUUGACAGACAGUCAGACGGGUGGACGGCACGGCACGGCAUAGCAUAGCAUAGCAUUGCAUUGCAGUUAAGCAAUAGUGCAUAAUUUGAUUGUGUGCGCCUAAAAGUAGGCCUACAAAGCGAAACGCAAAGCGGCACAACGUAACGCAUACAAGACGUACAAAACGGGCCCAGCGACGAGAUAGUAUUUAGUGAAAGCGCCAAGGAAUCAUGAAUUUCAUUGGUGGUGAUGGCGGUGAUGAUGGUGACGAUAAGGAAAAGGCAGAGGAGGAGGAGAGGGAGCGUCAGGAGGCCAUACGCGAGGCCGAAGAACGACGAAAGGAGAAGCAUCGUAAGAUGGAAGAGGAGCGCGAAAAGAUGAGACAAGAUAUUCGUGAUAAGUACAACAUCAAGAAAAAGGAAGAAGUUGUAGAAGCCGCGCCCCAAGAAGAACCCAAUCCGCUGAUGCGAAAGAAGAAGACACCCGAAGAGUUGGCUGCCGAAGCGGAACAAGAAGAGUUAGACGAUUUUACAAAACUGAAAAAUCAAAUAGAAACGCAAGUAAAUGAGCUAAAAACUCAAAUAGAGGGAAAAUGUGUCAUGCAGUGAUAUGUCAUCAUAUGAUUAUAAAAACAAAAUUAUACCUACAUAUAUAUAUAUUAAUAUAUAUAAAUAUAUAUAAACAACAACAAACACAAAUAAAUGCAGAAGAUAUAUAACAGAGCAUAAUUGAAUUCCAUAAUUCAGAGUAUAAUUCAUAACGGUAAAAAUGCAAAUGAAACUAAUAAUCAAUAAAUAAAAGAAAAUAAAAAAAAUAAAAAACAAUAACAAACAAUUCCUACCAAAAUUUACCAUUUCCCGAAAAAGCAAAAAUAUAUAUACAUACAUACUCAAACAACAACAACAACAACUGCAGAGGAAGGAAAACGACAAUGACCCCAAACAAGAAACCACAAACAAAAAAGAUGAAAAAGUUGAAAAAGAAGAGAAACUCGAAGACAUACAACAAAAAUGCUGACAGCAAAUGAAAUUAUAUAUUAGCGUAUAAAUAUAUACACAUAUAACAACAUAUAGCAAAUAAAUGAAUUGCAUACUUAUAUACAACCAACAACAAAAAAAAAAAACAAAAAUCAACAACAAAAACAAAAAGUAUAUACCAUAUAAAUGACAUGAAAAAUUAUUAAUUAAUUAAUUAAAAAGUCAUUAAAUAAAUUAGUAAUUUAUCAAAAUAUUAUUUCAACAACAAAUAACACUUUACAUUUACGAAAAAUAUAUAUACAAAAAUAUAGUAAAUAACAAAAACAAAACAAGUAAGUAAUUUCAAAUAAAAAAUACAAACAAUAAACCUGCUUACAAAUGCAUAUAUAUAUAAAAUACAUGGUAAUCAAUUCGACGUAUUUGAAUAAUGUACAUAACUACAUAAAGCAAAAACAAACAAAAAACGAAAAUCAAACGAGAAAAAUGAAAGGACACAAAGCAAACAGCUAUGCUACACAAAUGAGCUAACCAAAUACAUUUAAAAACAAGUACUUACACCAACAACAAAAAAAAAAAACUACAACUAUGUUAUAAGCAAAGCCAUACUGUAUGAUUUACGCCCCGAUACUCUACGCCAGAUCUUACAAAAUAAAAUGAAAAAAAACCAACCGAAAAGACAAGAAUAACUUAUACACGAACCUACCACAACGGCCACAAUGAAGUCAAGUAAAUGCUUGAAAAUAGCGUUGCAAGAGCUUAAAUUAAGCCUUGAACAAACACAAAAACAACAGCAUGAACAACAGCACUGUCAACGCAAGCCAAACCCAGCACGCCUAGAGAGAACAACUACAAUGCUAUGCAAAGUGAGAGCGACGCUCAGCUAAGAUCAGACGACUGAGAGUCGAAUAACUGUGCUCCCUCCAGGCGCUCACUCUCACUAAAGUGAUUGCAGGCAAACCAAUGCUACCACGGCACGCACAUGUUUGCGAAAAUGCACGUAGCGACCAACAACAAUAACACAAUAUGGAUUGCACAGGCAGCCAAACACUACGAAAGAGAAAAUUUACAAUAACAAACAAGAAGAAGAAACCAAGAAAUACAUAAUGGCGUUGCCAGCAUGCGCCAGGCCAGACACAGCAGACAAGCGUGUAGAAAGUAAAACAAUAAAGUAGAAAACAACAAAAAAAAAACAAAUACAAAAACAAAAACAAAAUAAACAUAUAAGCAAAUAAGCAAAUAAAUAAAAACUAGCGUAAAAGUUAGCAAGAAUGAGAGAAAUGAGAUAAGUAAAUAUUGAAAGAGAGCGAAAGAAAAA